AUGCAACUCUUUGGCCAGCAACUUCUUCUUGCCUUAGAUUACGCACACCGAUCAGGAGUCAUACAUACAGAUAUCCAACCCCGGAAUAUUAUGGUGCAAAUUCCGGACCUUUCAAUCAUUGAGGAUUACCUAAAGGAUACAACUCCAGACCCUAUGGCCUACGACCCUACUUCUGAACCUUCGACAAUUGUGUCUCAACCUUUAAAGGACUUCUAUAUCCGAGAAUCCACGGAUCUGAUGACCCUUGAUGUUACUCUUUGCGAUUGGGGCUCUGCUAGCUGGAUUGAUAACCACCUUACAGAAGUUAUACAGCCUGUGCUGCUUCGAGCACCGGAAGUCAUCAUUGGAGCCCCGUGGGGACCACCAGUCGAUAUCUGGAAUCUAGGUGCUGUCUUACUAGAGGUUCUAGAUGCGGUGCGAAUGUUCGAUGGUCGAGCAAAGCAAACCGGAGGCGUCUUCCGGACCAAGCAUCAUCUCGAAGAAAUAGUGGCUCUCUUUGGACCGUUUCCUCCUCGUUUACUAGCGCUAGGGGACCCAAAGAUCGUAGCUGAAUACUUCGAUGACCAAGGAAACAUCUGCGAUCCUAUCCCUCGACCAAAAGCCUUUCUGGAGAACUGGAUUGAGAGUCUCACGGGAAAUGACAAGGAGGAGUUUGUAAUGUUGUUAAGGAGCAUGAUGAAGAUCGACCCUGGUGAUCGUCCGACAGCAAAAGAAUUACUUAGUGAAGCAUGGUUUCGACGUACCACUAGGUAG